AUGUCUAACUCAAUUUUACCCGCUCUGCCAAUUGUGGCUGUCGACCCUCCGAUGAUACGUGGCACGAAGGAAUAUGAGCAGAAACGGACGGAAGUUCAACAACGCUUCGCAGACAGCAUCCCGAUGGAACUUCGUCUGCCGCAAUCUGUUAUUGAUUCGGCACCUGCAAAUGUCACCGCAAUUCCUCGCGAGUGCGGAUUGCUGAGUGAACGAGAGAUUGCCAUUACAGAAGAUUACGACGCUGUAGCCUUGGCUGAUGCCAUAGCGACCAAGAAUUACACCGCCUAUGAAGUCGCCACUGCAUUUGCUAAGCGGGCAGUCAUUGCGCAUCAGCUUACCGCAUGCCUUACAGAAUGGUUCAUGGACGAGGCUCUUGACCGCGCAAAAGACCUCGACAACCAUCUCGAGUUAACCGGCAAGACGGUUGGCCCUCUGCAUGGUGUGCCAAUCAGCAUCAAAUCACUUUUGCCUCUGAAGGGCCACCUGGUUGACUUGGGCAUUCUCAGCACGCAGACAACUGUGGACUUUGACAGUCACGCUGUUGCUGUUCUUCGCGAUGCUGGUGCGGUAUUUUACUGCAAGACGAACCAGCCUCAGCUUAUCAUGCAUCUGGAAAGCGCGUCAUUCCAUGGCCGCACGCUCAAUCCGUAUAACUCCAAGCUCUCAUCGGGCGGAUCUAGUGGUGGCGAAGCGGCACUCUUGGCUAUGGGUGGAUCAAUCCUUGGCAUUGGCAGUGACAUAGGCGGCAGCAUACGAGGGCCAGCUGGUUUCUGCGGUAUAUACGGUUUUAAACCCACAAGCAAUGUUCUGCCCAGGAAGGAUGGCAUGAUUAUAGGUUUCGCUGCAGAAAUGACCAUUCCAAUCUGCAUCGGGCCUAUGUCGAGAUCGCUGCGGGACAUGGACUUGUUCAUGUCUGUCAUGUCAGCUUCGAGGCCUUGGCGCGUUGAUCCUCGCUUAUUACCCAUCCCAUGGACAGGUAUUUCCACACAUAUGGAGCGGUCUGGCCCACUCAAGGUCGGCAUUAUGAUGAAUGAUGGCGCUAUCCAAAUUCAGCCGCCUGUCGCCAAGGCCCUGGAGUGGGCUCGCAACAGACUGCUUGACGCACCCGGCAUUGAAGUGAAGUCUUUUGAGCCGCUCCGCACCGCUGAAGCUAUGAAGAAUACACGAAUUGCGUAUUGGCCCAGUGGCGCAGAAGACCUGCGCGACAUGGUGGUCAACACUGGUGAGCCUUGGAUGGAGCUGUCCGAAUAUAUCAUCAAAGACGCAGUGGAAAAUCCAGCUCGUGAUGCAGAUGGCAUGUUCAAACUGAGAACGACACAAGAGAGCUUCUGGUUUGACUGGGCAGCUCACUGGAAAACACAAAACGUGGACAUACUGAUCUGUCCGGUCUUUGCCGGGCCUGCGCCUAGUCAUGGCACUACACGGUACUGGAACUACACGGCAUUCUGGAACUACCUGGACAUGCCUGGCGCUGUACUUCCAACCCCGAUUGUCGCAGGUCCCAAAGGCAUGGAGAGUUACCCGGACAAUGAGCCGCUAAGCAAGCAGUGUGAAAAUAUGCGACAGUUGUGGGAAGAUGGCGACUUUGAAGGCGCUCCGAUUGGCAUUCAAGUUGUUGCCCCGAGAUGUCAUGAUAAUGAGCUGUUUCACGCCCUAGAGCAAAUGAAAGAGUAUCUUCAGAUCAUGUAG